AUGUUCACCCCUCUUUGCAAUCCCAUCGGCAGCCCUUUGGAGGCGCAGCGCGCUAUUACGCUGCGCUGUCAGCAACAAAGCCACCCAGGCCCAACUUUGACAUAUUCAACGGUGCCCGCGGGCAUGCUCGCGACUUUCGAGAAAAAUCCUCAUCCAAUGAUUCCCCCGCAGAUGCUCGUGUUCAGAAUUCUCGCUGGGCCAUCUUGUUUCUGCGGCAUCCCCAGCUGA